GCAAUCUAGCCUACCAAGUUACAAUCCCAAUAGAAGUGUUUUGGGGAACGCUAUUGGGUACAUUGCAGCUGUUCCUGCUGCAGCUACGGUUACCGCUGCUAAUUCUAUUAUCGACUUAUACUGA